GCGGCAACAUAAGAAGUUCGCUAACGACACCCGGCACGGCAUCAUCAUGGUGGUGCUGCUCGAUCCGAUUACACUGACGGCGAUUGCCAUCGUACUGGCCCUGGGGUAUUAUUACGUGCGCCGUAGGCAUGCCUACUUCAACGACAAACCGUACCCGCACCUGAAGCCCACCUUUCUGCUGGGCAGUUCGGGUCCGAUGAUCUUCCGGACGGCCGAUAUGAUGCAGCAGAUUCAGAAGAUGUACAACUGCUUCCCGGGAUCCAAAGUCGUCGGAGCGUUCGACUUCCUCACGCCCAAUCUGACGGUCCGUGAUCCGGAGUGCCUGAAACAGAUGAUGGUUAAGGAUUUUGACCAUUUCACCGACCACACCCCAUUCGUGAAGGAUGGCAAGGACUACUCGACCAGUGAGAACCUUUUUCUCAACUCACUCUUUAUGCUGCGUGGUCAAAAGUGGCGCGAUAUGCGCGCUACCCUUAGCCCGGCCUUCACCGGGAGCAAAAUGAGACAAAUGUUUGAGCUCGUUUCGGAGUGUGGCCAGGGUAUGGUGGAGCACUUUCUGCGGGAAACGGGCACCGAAGGUGCGACCGGAGAGUACGAGAUGAAGGACGUUUUUUCGCGCUUUGCCAACGAUGUCAUCGCGACGGUUGCGUUCGGUAUACGCGUCAACUCGCUGACCGAACGCGAGAACGCGUUCUACGUUAGCGGGAAGAAGUUGCUGGAUUUUGGCAGCUUUGCGGGGAGUUUGAGGCUUGUGUUCUUCAUGCUCGCACCGAACCUGGCGAUGAAGCUCGGUGUGGAGAUGCUGGAUGUGAAGCUGAGUCGUUACUUCCACGACAUGAUCCUGGAUAAUAUGCGGACACGGACGGAGAAGGGCAUCUUGAGGAACGAUAUGAUCAACAUGUUGAUGCAGGUGAAGAAGGGCAGCUUGAAGCAUCACGCGGGUGGUGAGGAAGCAGAGGACACUGUGGAGACGAAAGAUGCCGGUUUUGCGACGGUCCAGGAGUCGAGCGUUGGUAAGAGUGUGAUUACGCGCGAGUGGAGUGACCGGGAGCUGGUGUCGCAGUGUUUCCUGUUCUUCCUGGCCGGAUUUGAUACGGUCUCGACGGCUCUUGGCUUCAUGAUGUACGAGCUGACGGUAAAUCCGGAGGUUCAGGAGCGUCUUUAUCGGGAGGUGCUUGAAGUGGAUGAAGAGUUGGCCGGUAAACCGUUGAGCUACGACGCUGUCCAGGGUAUGCGGUACAUGGAUAUGGUGGUAUCGGAAUCACUGCGAAAGUGGCCACCGGCACCGAUUGUUGACCGAUAUUGUACCCGCGAUUACACGUUCGAUGAUGGAAAUGGGUUGCGGUUUACGGUGGAACAAGGGCGGACGGUGUUUGUGCCGGUGGCAGGACUGCACCAUGACCCCAAGUACUAUCCCAAUCCCAGUCUGUUCGAUCCGGAACGGUUCAGCGAGGAGAACAAGGACAAAAUUAAUCCAACAACGUAUUUGCCGUUCGGGAUUGGACCACGGAACUGUAUCGGAUCGCGGUUCGCGCUGAUGGAGGUGAAAUCGAUCAUCUAUUAUAUGCUGAAGAGCUUCACGUUUGAGCGGUGCGAGCGCACACAGGUACCGCUGAAGCUGAAGAGCAAUCCGGCGGCCAUUAUCACGGAGAAGGGAAUCUGGAUUCGGUUUAAACCGAGGGUUAAGUAACGAGGGGCUGUCUGUGACGCAUCCCAUAUUAUGUAUCGAACAAAAUGCAAAUAAAACAUUGAAAUAACACACAAAACAAUGAAAAAUUGGCACAAGCAUA